GACAGACUGAGCCAAGAACCUUCAGUCAGAUCGACUCUUAGUACAAAAUCUCUUUGCAGUUAGUUUUAGCUCAACAACAUCCCUGCGCCAGUGGGGCAAAGGUUCAGGAGAAACAAUGGAUAAAGACUGAAAGGAAAGGGUGUAGCGGAGAGAGGAAAUGUUUCAUUGUGCUGCUCGGCUACGUGCAGUUAGUUAGAGAGCCAAAAUCAGCAUUUGGUCCUGUAGCUAUACGGAAACACACACACCGCUUACUUUGCAGUGAGAGGGCUACCACAGGAAGGAAAUGAGGAGAGACACACAGAGAGAAAGAGACCGAGAGAGAGAGACACACAGAGGGGAAAACGGCAGAUUAGGAUCACUGGGGUUUUCCACUGUGUAGGAUUAGAGAAGACAUGAGAAGUAGGGUAAGGCAGAGUGAGGAGGGGAAACACAUCUGUAGUCACAGACAGUUCAGACAGAAAGAGAGUGGUGAUAGUUAGAAAAAGAGAAAGGGAAAAGAGAUUGCACCUUGAGUGAUGCUCUUUGAGCGGAGAUCGAUUAAAUAGCUGUCAUUUCAAAUGUUAGGAGCAGGUUUACAGGGGCAACAAAUGGCUAAUUGCCCAAAUGAGGAUAAGGACCCCGCUAAUAAUGGGAGAUGCUGUGAUUACUGUGCUGCAGGCCAGUACCUGAAAGCUCACUGUGAUAACACAAAAGCGACCGAGUGUGCCGAAUGUGGACGUGGAUUCUACACAGCCACAAAAAAUUACAUGACUAAAUGUCAGAUCUGCAGGAACUGCAAUUCCAGUAACAAGCAGAAGAAAGUAAAGGACUGUACAGCUCAGGAAGACACCGUGUGCGAGUGUGUGAAUGGUUACUACUGUAGCAAUGAUGACUGUGACCACUGCGUGCGAGUGACUUACUGCCCUGUGGGUAAAGGGGUCAAGGUUCAAGCCACUCGCACGAAUGACAUAAUCUGUGCUCCGUGUGAAGACGGGACUUACAGCAACGUAACAGAUUUCCACUCGCCCUGUCAAACACAAACCAGAUGUAAAGACUUGGGAAGAGAGUUGAAAACUCCAGGAACCUCAACAACUGAUACAAUCUGUGGCAACUUCAAAUCUCAUUGUACCUGGAUAUUACCCGCAGGCCUGUGGUCAGGACUUGUGUUGACUGCACUCGUCCUCCUGUUUGGACUCAUCUGCUGGAGGGCAAAACGCAAGUCAUACAAAGCAGUGAAAAAGGAAACUACAAGCUUUUUACAACCGCCUUUCAAGUCUACAGGAGCCGGUCCUGUUACUCUGGUGGAAAUGGUUCCAGUAGCACCGGUCACUCGGCUGGAUCUGCCUUUACUGUUCACAGAGCUGAAUGGUCACUGCCAAGAGAGCUGCACCGUGGAGUGCUGCAAAUUAUCACUCUUUAACCCAGCAGAUGAUAAUGUGGUCACACAAGACAGUGUGGACAGCGUGGACAGCAGUCAUCCUAUAACUCCACUGAAGGUGUCGGUUUCAUUUGCUGAAUCCAACCACAUCACUGGAAGUGCCGGAUAUGGCACAGCCAACUUCCGCAGGACCUACUCAGAGCCACAGGAGGACGAGUGGUGUGGGACAUAAUCAAGUUGUUUUAACAGUAUACUGAUGGAGCUCAGAGUCCCCUCUCCGGCUUGGAGAUGCUGCGACUUGUUUUAAAACCUUAAACUGGACCUAUUUAUACAAAAAAAAAAAAAAAAGUAGGAUUUCUCUUUUGCUGAAGAGUUGAAGGUGGCUGAAGGUUUGCUGCCUCCUGCAGGACUUUAAUGAGAAUUUCAGCUCAAGUGAUGUGAUAUUUCUGUGAUGCAUUUACAAUGAAACCAACAGCAAAAACACGGGUGCAGCUCAGUGGUGUUUCUAUUAAAGAAUAAAUCUGUUGAUAUUUUUUCUAAUUUUAAACAAAACCCAUGAAAAGGCCAAAACCAACAAUGAGUGUAUAUCCUUCUAACAAGUAUGUCUGUGUAGUCAAAGCCUGAUGUAGCUUAUUUGUCUGUGCCAUACAGCUUCAUUGUUGUCACAUCAGUGAGUCACACUGUUGUACUGGAUAACAUGUUACUGGAUCACCAUGAGCAUGAGCACUGUGUAGCUUAUUCUGCUGCUGUGAAUAUGAACUGUUAAUGUAUAUUAAUCCGCAGCAGAAAUUGCCCCCAACAAAUGUUCACUUUACUCCUGUUUGAGUGAUUAUUGUUUCAGUAAAUUACUGUGCCUUUUUUUAAAUGUUGUUUAGUCCCAAGUAAGGGUGUAACGAUAAAUCGUUCUGGAUCAAUAUAACGAUCCAAUAUCAUCGAUGCAAAGUGAAAGUAUCGAUACAUAUCAUCAUCUUUAAGAUACACCUUUAUUCUGAAUUUCCCAUUUAUUAUUUAUUUUUUUAUUAAAAAGAAUAUAUUGUUUUUCAUUUAAAUGUCUGGAAGAGCCCAGAAAUAAAAUUGUUUGUGAUAUCAGCAAAAAUUGUUGUCCAAAUAAUCAAUAUAAUAUUGUAUUGUGGUGAAACUUGUGAUUAACACCACUAGUCCCAAGUGUUUUUGUUGUUUUUUAAAAAAAAGUACACCUUCAUAAGAACAAAUGUGCUUGGGGCUGAGUGCCACGGGAGGUAGAGAACUCAGAAGUUGAGACAGACUUACCCAUCGCUGGUCCUUUCAUGGGAUUUGUUGGCAAUAUGAAAAAUGUAAAAGAUUUCCUGGCUUAUCCUUUAAUGUGAAUAAUAGCUUUUUGUAAUUAAUUAAUUAAUUAAUUAAUUAAAUUAUUUAUAUCUAAUUUAACGUAUAUUGUUCGAACCCCAGCCAUUGAUUCAGGUCGAGAAUUGUGCAUAAAAAUUGGUAUAAGCCAGAAAAAUAUCUUCUUUUAAACUACAUUGUAAUGCAAAUUUUGACCUCUGAAUUUCAUUAUUUAUAAAACUAUAUAAAACUUUGAGAUAUGAAGCAGCAAUACCACACACACACACACACACAAUGAUGUGAUCAAUUAAACAUGCAGCAGUGACUCCCGACAGAUGUAUGAUUUGUUUAUAACAUUGUGAAGAUAGAUAUAGUGCAAUAUGAGGAAGUAUGUUGGGAACGUCUACACAAGUCAUUCUGCUCCGCUGCUCUCUUCUCAGUUAAUACCAUCAGAUAAGAUGUACCACGUACAUAUCAAGUGUUUUCACAGAUAUUCAGUCUUAGUGUGAUAUGUCAAAAAUAAUGUUGAUUAUAAUUAAAAA